CUGGGUUCGAAUCUCCGUUCGGGCAUGUCUGUGUGGACUUUGCAUGUUCCCCCCGUGAGCGGAUGGGUUUCCUCCGAUUACUCCAAAAGCAUGCAUGUUGGGUUAAUUGACGACCUACAUUUUCCACAGGUAUGAAUGAGAGUAUGGAAGGAUGUUUGUCUAUAUGUGCCCUCCGGAUGGCUGUGUACCCAGCAUCUCCCCCAAAGUCAGCUGUGAUAGGCUCCAGCAUACCCCCGUGACCGCAGUGAGGUCAAGCAGUCAAGCGGAAAACAACUCCGCUUGUUGCCCUCCUAUGACCCCCACUCCACAUUUCCUGGUAUACCAGCCUGUUAUCUGGUGUCUCCUCCAUGCUUUUGUCACUGUUGGCGUAAGCGCAAACUUUGUGGCCAUUCCUUAAUAGGGGUUGUCUUGCAAGUUGCCCCAGCUUUCUACCUGUUGACUUUCCCAUACCUCAACAGCAGAUUGUCCCUUCAAACACUGAUGUCAGGGUUUUUUCUGAGAGUAGCUGAAAUCCCUCAUGUCAUCGGCCUGCAAACCACGGGAGAGCCCUGGAAGUACAAGGUUUACAGAUGUGGGCCAAACAUAUGCUCGCAUCUGUGCCCUCUCUCCAUGAUAUCAUUCAUGUCCAACCAUCCUGACACAGUGCAACUGGAGGGAAAAUCCUGCUGUGUGUAAAAGUAGGCUACAGCCUUUUUAUUUUUAUCUCUUUAGAACGAUGAUGAAACCACUGGUUGUAUUAUCCCCUCCCGCCCGCCCUCGACUGCCUCUAGUUUGUAGGUUACUGAAAGAUUUCACCAACCACAGAUAAGAAGAUUAGGGAGGAAUUAAUGGUAUUCCUUUGUCAUGAUUGGAAUAAAUUGAUAUUUGGUUUUAGACCAGAGGGUGGAGACUGUGUGGGUCGGGAGAGCAUGUAGUGUCAGGAGAUGCAAGAGGAGGGGUGGCGCAUUUGACCACCAGGCUCCACCAAAGGACUAUCUGGACGGAUGUGCAUCAUCUUUGUCGGAGAUGAGAGUGCAGGGCAGGACUCCGCUUACAUGGCAUGUGCACGCCACAGCGGAAUGAGUGCUGCUGGGACAUGGACGACGUACCAGUAGGGUGACGGGGACUGAGGACUUCAGUGGAGCGGAGGGGGAGGACGCUCGGGAGAUCCUCUCGUGUUCACAGCACCAGUUUCACCAUGAGAGUGGACCUCCUGGCCUUAAGACUGAUGUGCUUCGCCUGGUUGUGGCCUGUCACGCAGCUCAACAGCAGCCACUUUCCCACCAAGAGGAGACACAAGGAGCUCGACCUCGGGGACAGCAACAGACAAAAGCAUGGCGGACGAGUGGACCUCAAGAUGAAAAAACUCGACAGCACAAAGUCUUUGCUAAUUAAAUCAGAACAGCUGCUUCGAAUAGAAGACCAUGACUUUGCAAUGAGGCCGGGCUUUGGAGGUUCUGCUAUCCCUGUCGGCAUUGACGUCCAGGUGGAGAGCAUUGACAGCAUAAGUGAAGUAAACAUGGACUUCACAAUGACUUUGUACCUAAGGCAUUACUGGCAAGAUGAUCGUCUGGCCUUCCCCUCCAGCAGCAAUAAGAGUCGAACCUUCGACUCACGUCUAGUGAAGAAGAUCUGGGUGCCUGAUGUGUUCUUUGUGCACUCCAAGCGCUCUUUUAUCCAUGACACAACCAUGGAGAACAUCAUGCUGAGGGUUUUUCCCGAUGGCAACAUCCUCUACAGUGUCCGGAUCACGGUCACAGCACUUUGCUCAAUGGACUUCAGUAGUUUCCCUCUGGACACACAGAACUGCUCUCUGGAGCUGGAGAGCUAUGCUUACAAUGAGAAUGACCUCAUGCUCUACUGGAAGAACGGGAACGACUCGUUAAGGACUGAUGAAAUUGUGCUCUCUCAGUUUUUUGUUGAAGACUUCCAGCCUUCCUUUGGGCUUGCCUUCUACAGCAGUACUGGAUGGUACAAUCGGCUCUACAUUAAUUUUAUUCUCAGGAGGCACAUCUUCUUCUUCAUGCUCCAGACAUACUUUCCCACCAUGCUGAUGGUGAUGCUGUCUUGGGUGUCCUUCUGGAUAGACAGGAGGGCCGUACCAGCUCGUGUCUCCUUGGGCAUCACCACUGUGUUGACAAUGUCUACCAUCAUCACCGGUGUGUCCGCCUCAAUGCCUCAGGUGUCUUACGUCAAAGCUGUGGACAUCUACUUGUGGGCAAGCUUCCUCUUUGUCUUUCUCUCCGUCAUCGAGUAUGCCGCCGUCAACUAUUUCACCACAGUGGAGGAGAUGAAGAAGCUCAAGGGGGCAAAGCUCCCAGCAUCCUUCAACGCCACCCAGGCCAUGGCUUUCGACGGCUGUUUCCAUGACAACGAUAUUGACCUGACCUCUUUCCCGGAGGUCUGUAGCACGCCGAACACAGAGAGAAACACUCAGUCACGAAACUCCACUGUGUCAGGGCCCACGGAGGGCACUAGGCUACGCCGCAAGAACCCUUUAAAGCACAACCUCAGCUUCAUCAUGAGCAACAGCUACAUGAUUGACUCCUAUUCAAGAGUUUUAUUCCCCCUGGCUUACCUGCUCUUCAACAUCAUUUACUGGAGUUUGUAUGCAUAGCACCACUAUUUUUUAAACCUAUCCUUACACAUUACAGGAAGAUAUUUUAUACUGUAAAGCUUUAGAACAAAUGAAUAUGUUAUAAUCUACGGGAUUGAAUGAUAUUGCUCCAUAGUAAACUGCAUAGUUAUUGUACAACGUUGAAAAAAUAAAUGUAUAUUGUGUUAUCAUGUGUCUUUUUCAUAUAUGUACUGUUUGGUUAACCAUGUCAGUCCACGACCGCACGCAA